UAGUCAUUUUCCGCGCUAGCGAAAAUAGUUCGAAUGUGACCAUUGGUUAUGGUUUGGCUGCAGUUAAAUUUUCAUUAUGAAAAGGCGAAAAAUACGACUUACUACCUUAAAUUUCUUGCCCUUUCAACAUAAAUGACAGUUGAGCGCAAUCCAUUGCGCCAAAAUCAUGUCUCUGAUUCACUUGGAUCUAUUGGGCGAGAACAUUUUUGAUCAAGUGAAUCAAGAUGUUGGAUCACAGGAUUGUACAAUCGUUUCAAAUAUCCCACUUUACAUUCCGGGCUCGAGUUUUGUUUCGAUUGAUGUCACUAUUUCCGAGAUGGAGCUAUCUAAAUUUGCUGAUUUCAUACAAAAAACCAGCUGGUGCGUGGUGGCUAUCAUAUAUUUGGGGAGAAAUAGUCAUUUCCCCAUUGGAAAUGUGAAGACCCUCAUUGAGCGGAGCGUUUACUCAAACACGUUUUUCAUUGGAAAUGCAACAACGCUGAACUUUGGAACGUGGAACAGACCUGCCAUUAUCAUCGAUCCAACUACCGCUGCGAGUCCGGCAUAUGUAAGCUUUUCGGUUGUUAAGUCCUUAUCAAAGACUUUAAACACUUUUUUACAACUGAUUAUUGUAGCAUGUCCAUGUUUAUUGUGGUCGGUUGGAGUUGGGUUAUUGGUUAUUCAAUGAAAACCAUUGGACAAUAAAACAAGGAUUCACCAGGCCCUUUGGUUUGAGAGGAGAGGCGUGUGAGCAUCUCCUAUUUAAUCAAACCUUUAAAGUGGCACAAUAUGGAUUACUGCCCAACGUAUUUACGAAUAGGAGAGAUAAUUCUGUGACAGGGACAGAUGUCGAGGCACUCAAACUUCUUGCUGAAAAAUACAAGAUGCAUUUGGAAUUUCAUUUUGGAAAAGCAGAGUCUGUAGCUACCACGGCUGAUCCAAAUGCAACUCACGUUCUUGCCAAGGUGUACCGGGGUACACUUCAAGGCGCUAUUCCGGGAUUGCAAUUUUACCACAAUAAUAUAUUCUUUGACCUCUCGUACUACCUUCUCUUUUCGCAAUUGCGGUACACAACUAGAGUUCCUCAAAAAACCGUUGCAUUUGGAAAUGUGACUCGUGGGUUCGACCAAUUGGGCUGGAUAGCGGUGUUCACCACUUUGGGGUGCUUCGCCGUCACAUUUCAGCUCAUUUUCUAUGUAUACAAGUUCAAAAUCAAAGACAAGUCGUUAUACAACAACCCUGGGAACCCUGUCGAUUUUUUCUUGCUAACUUUCACCACAUUUGUGGAACCAGAUAAAAUCAGCUGGUUUCCUACUUGGUCUGCAGGUAAACUUGCGACUCUGUUUUGGUCAGUCUUUGCCCUCCUUGUGGUGAGUUUCUACACCUCCAAUCUCCGAACGAAUCUGAUUGCACCCAAUUUAGAGCCGGAGAUUAACAGUCACGAGGACGUUCUUAAUUAUGGCAAGAUUGUACAUAUUGAUCACAUUCUAUCCUUCCUUCUUCAACUCACAGUUUCGCCCGCUUUUGACGAGGUCCUUCGUCGAGUGAAAGAACAAGACAAAUGGUACUAUCCAGUUGAGGCCGAGUUGCUUGAAGCUCAUGUUAAAAAGGCUGUGUUAGAGGAUGGAGACGUAUAUUUGGCCACAGCAGAAAACAUCCUUUACACAUAUCUGUUGCAAGACACCUUGGGAUUUCCCCAUCUUAGGAUAUCAGACGACAGCUUGGUCAACUUUUACAUGUGUCUUCGGUUGACUAAGUUCUCUCCUUACACUUCGGAUAUCAAUAAGUGGUUUAACACAUAUCAUGAAUUGGGCUUAUACAAAAUGUUUUUGAACAAGCCUAUCCCAAUUAAGGCUCUUGCUUCAUAUGGGUCGACAGCCCAAUAUGAAUCAUCGGACAAUUUGAGGAUGAGUUUAGAAAUGUUGUGGACCUCCAUAAUCCUCUUGGUAGCAGGAUACGUAAUCGGCGGCAUGAUUUUUGUCAUUGAGAUUAUGAUGACCAAUUCUUCGAAAAGAGUCGAUUAUUUCUCGCACAGAAUGUACCAUUAAGAGGUUGAUUUAGCGUUUUAUGUUUUAACCAUAAUUCAGUGAACGAGUUGAAGCUCUCCAAAUCAUCCGUGGUACCUACGCUAUAAAUAAAUCACAUUGCUUUGCUAGUGUAACAAGCCAUGAUUCUUCUAUAGAUCAUUUUCAAGAAAUUUAUGUUUUAAAUUUACCAAUAGAAGUGAAUGACAAAAAAUAUCUCGCUAUCGGGGGGGGGCCUUUGGUCAUUUAUACAGAUAUUUAAAGAAAUAUAUCUCAUUACGCG